UUGUGCGCGUCAUGCUGCGUGUGUGUGUGCUGUGCGCCGAGCGGCUCCAGACGCCCGACGACGAUAUCAGCGAUGCCUACUGCACCGUCACCUUCGAAGGGGCCAAGAAGAAAACGAAAGUUGUCAAGAACAACCCCAACCCCGUGUGGAAUGAGGGUUUUGAGUGGGACCUGAAGGGGAUUCCUCUGGACUCUGGAGCUGAGCUGCACUGUGUCGUCAAAGAUCAUGAGAAGAUCGGACGCAACAGGCUUUUGGGCGAGACCAGACUGUCCCUCCGAGACGUACUCAACUCUCCGUCUUUAACCGCCAUGUUCACCAUCUCCCUGAUGGACGCCAAGAGGAACAACACCGGAGCCACUCUGACUCUGCAGGUGUCGUACCUGCCGCCUCCAGGAGUCGCCCCCAUCUACCCCCCUCCUGCCCCCCCUGAGCCCCACCCCCACCCCGCCCCCAGUGUGGAGAUGGACACCGUCACCAUGAUCUCUCUGGACACGCUGGGGGAGGAGGACACGGAGAGCCUGCUGAUGGUGGAGGUUCCGGACGAGGCCGGGGCGGAGGACGGGCGCUCUCUGGUCAUGGUGGGACCUCAGGGUCAGACGGAGCAGGACUCGCCGCCCGCGCACACGCCCAAACGCUCGCCGCCGUCCUACAGGGGGCAGGAGCGGCUCCGCAGGAAGAGGAAGGGAGCGAGCGGACAGCAGCCCCGACCCCUGCCCAACAAACCCCAGGACCUGCAGGUCCGUGUCCGGAUCAUCGAGGCUCGUCAGUUGCCGGGCAUCAACAUCAAACCCGUCGUCAAGGUAACGGUCGCCGGGCUGAACAAGAGGACGCGGAUACGCAAAGGAAACAACCCCGAGUUUGACGAGACAUUUUUCCUGAACUUUUUCGAGACUCCUUCAGACCUGUUCGACGAGCCGAUUUUCAUCACAGUUUGUGAUUCUCGAUCUUUGAGAACUGACGCAGUGAUCGGCGAAUUUAAGGUGGACGUCGGGACAGUUUAUAAUGAACACAGACACUGUUUCCUGAGAAAAUGGCUGCUCCUCUGUGACCCCGACGACCUCUCGGCUGGGGUCAGAGGUUAUCUGAAGGUCAGCCUGUUCGUGCUGGCGGCCGGCGACGAGCCUCCGGCGGACAAACGCGAGUGUGUGGAGGAGCGCGAGGACAUCGAGGGAAACCUGCUGCGUCCGGCCGGUCUGUCCCUGAGAGGAGCAACUUUCACCGUCAAAGUCUACAGAGCCGAGGACCUGCCCCAGAUGGACGACGCCAUCAUGGACGGGAUGAGGCAGUUCUUCGGUUUCGACAGUAACAGAAAAAACCUGGUGGAUCCGCUGGUGGAGAUUCACUUUGCUGGAAAAACUAUUUGCACUAAAAUUCUGGAGAAAAACGCCAACCCUCAGUGGAACCAGAGCCUGACCAUGCCCAUCCGGUUUCCCUCGAUGUGCGAGAAAAUGCGGAUCCGGAUUCUGGACUGGGACAGAGCGAGCCACAACGACGUGAUCGGGACGUCUCAGCUCUGCAUGUCCAAGGUCUCAGCUCCAGGAGGACAAAUCGACGACGACUUCACCCCGCGGACCGUCCACUCCGGCAUUGACGACGGUCUCGGUUUCUUGCCCACGUUCGGUCCGUGUUUUGUGAAUCUUUACGGGAGUCCUCGAGAGUUCAGCCAUUUCAACGACCCCCACGAAUCGCUCAACCUCGGAAAAGGGGAGGGCGUGGCGUAUCGCGGACGCGUCUUACUCGAACUCAGCACUAAACUGGUGGACAAACCCGAGCAGAAAACUGAAGACAUCACCCCAGACGAACUGCUGGUGGUGGAGAAGUUCCUGCGUAAGAGAAAGUUUUCUCUCUUCGUGGCGUUCUAUUCGGCGACGCUCCUUCAGGACGUGGACGACGCCGUGCAGUUUGAGGUCAGCAUCGGUAACUAUGGCAACAAGUUUGACACGAGCUGCCUGCCCCUGGCGUCCACCACACAGUACAGCCGCGCCGUGUUCGACGGGUGUCAGUAUUAUUACCUGCCGUGGGGGAACGUGAAGCCGGUGGUGGUGCUGUCGUCAGAGUGGGAGGACAUCAGGCCCAGGAUCCACGCCCUGAACCUGCUCCUGUCAGCGGCCGAGCGUCUGGAGAGUAACCUGAGAGCCGUGAAGCUGGAGGAGCAGGCGGGUGGAGACCUGGAGCAGCUGGAGCUCAGCGUGGUGCAGCUCCUGGACCAGGUCAUAGAGGACUGCAGUCAGAAGCUUCCGGACCUGGAGCAGUGGGCGUGUGCGACGUCUCUGGACCGUUCGCUCAGACACACUCGCUGUCUGCAGCUGCAGCAGAUCGUGGACUCGGCCCUGAGCCUCAAACACGGCCCUGAGACGGAGCUGAGCGUGGUGCUGGAGCAGGCGGACGAGUGGGCCGCCCGACUCCGAGACAUGGCUCAGGAGCCUCAGAACAGCCUCCCGGACGUGGUGAUCUGGAUGCUGCAGGGAGAUCGCAGACUGGCCUAUCACCGAGUCCCGGCCCACACCGUCCUGUUCUCCACAAACCCCCAGCACCGAGGGAAGCACUGCGGCCAGCUGCAGAACCUCUUCCUCAAGUAUCCUUCAGGUUCUGGGGCAGAGGCGAAGCUCCCGGGGCAGAUCCGGGUCAAAGUCUGGUUUGGUUUGAGCUCCGACGUCAAACACUUCAACGAAUACGCCGAAGGGAAACUGUCCGUGUUCGCAGAGACGUACGAGAACCAGACGCGGCUCGCCCUGGUGGGCAGUUGGGGAACUACAGGUCUGACUUAUCCGAAGUUCAGUGACGUGACGGGGAGAGUGAAGCUGCCCAGAGAGAGUUUCAAACCGUCGCCGGGCUGGAGCUGGGCCGGAGACUGGUACAUCAGCCCCGAGAGGACACUGCUGCUGGACGUGGACGCGGGUCACAUGACGUUCACCGAGGAAGUGUUUGAAAACCAGAUGCGUCUCCCUGGAGGCCAGUGGAUCGGGAUGACGGAGGGAUACACGGACGUGAACGGAGAGAAGGCCGUGCCCAAAGACGAGGUGGAGUGUCCCCCUGGCUGGACCUGGGAGGACCCCGAGUGGAGCGAGGACCUCAACAGAGCCGUGGACGACCAAGGUUGGGAGUACGGCAUCACCAUCCCUCCGGACAGAAGACCAAAGUCCUGGGUCCCCGCCGAGAAAAUGUACCACACCAACAGAAGGAGGCGCUGGAUCAGACUGAGGCACAGAGACCUCACCAAGAUGGCCGCCCUCAAAAAGCAGCGGGUGGAGGACCCGGACCGGGAGGGGUGGGAGUACGCCUCCGUGUUCGGCUGGAGGUUUCACAUGAAGCCCAGGAAAACGGACAGUUUCAGGAGGAGGAGGUGGAGGUGUCGCAUGGAGCCGCUGGAGAGAACCGGACCUGCAGCCAUCUUCGAUCUGGAGUGCUCCCUGAGCAGUAUUGAGGAUCGCAGUGAAGACAAAUCCGUCACAACCACAUUUGGAGUCAACAGACCGACCAUCUCCUGCUUCUUCGACCGUGGGACCCGUUACCACCUGCGCUGUUACCUGUACCAGGCCAGAGACCUCCCCGCCAUGGACAAGGACAGCUUCUCUGACUCCUACGCCAUCGUGUCUUUCCUGCACCAGUCCCAGAAAACGGUGACGGUGCGAAACUCCCUGAACCCGACCUGGGACCAGACGCUCAUGUUCUACGAAGUCGAGAUCUUCGGAGACGCGGAAAACACCAGAAACAACCCGCCCAACGUGGUGGUGGAGCUGUACGACCAGGACUCAUACGGAGCAGAUGAGUUCAUGGGGCGUUGCGUGUGCCAGCCGUCCUUCAGCCCGGAGCCUCGUCUCUCGUGGUUCCCGGUGCUCAGGGGGGGGAGGGCGGCCGGGGAGCUGCUCGCCGCCUUCCACAUCGUCCAGAGGGAUAAGCCUUCAGUCCAUCACCUCCCCGGUCUGGAGGGAGACGUUGUGACCUCGUAUCAGGUUUUGGACGAGCUCAUGUUCACUGGAUUCCUCGCUGAAAACCAACAGCAAUGGCCUGAAGAGUCGGAUUUGCCUCCUCCUCCUCCUCAAAGGGAAGCGAACGUCUUCAUCGUUCCACAGGGAAUCAAACCGGUGCUGCAGAGGACGGCGAUCGAGAUUUUGGCGUGGGGCGUGCGUAACCUGAAGAGUUUCCAGUUGGCCAGCGUUACCUCCCCGAGCCUGCAGGUGGAGUGUGGGGGCGUCAUGGUGCAGAGCUGCGUCAUCCGCAACGUCAAGAAGAACCCGAACUUUGACGUCAACACGCUCAUUUUGGACGUGAGGCUGCCUCAGGAGGAGCUGUUCAUGCCCCCCCUGGUGGUGAAAGUGAUCGAUAACCGUCAGUUUGGGCGGAGGCCGGUGGUGGGACAGUGCUCCAUCCGGGCUCUGGAGGAAUACCGCUCAGACCCGGGACCGGACCGGGACCAGGACCAGGACCAGGGAGAGGAGGAGGGAGGCGGCUUCACAAACCAUCGUCCGGACUCGUUUUGUGAUGAUGUUUUGGUGAACAUCGGGGACGAGGAGCCGCUCAUCACAGAUCAGGGGGAGGAGUUCAUCGACUGGUGGAGUAAAUUCUACGCUUCAACUGGAGAAAAAAGCAAAUGUGGAGCUUAUCUGGACAAAGGACUGGACACACUCAAGGUGUACGACUGCGAGCUGGAGCGGGUGGAGCAGUUCGCCGGUUUGUCCGAUUUCUGUCAGACGUUUAAACUGUUCAGGGGGCGGAGCCAAGACGAGGGGGAGGAUCCUUCCGUGGUCGGGGAGUUCAAGGGCAUGUUCAGGAUCUACCCUCUGCCCGACGACCCUUCUGCCCCUCUGCCCCCCAGACUCUUCUCCAAACUGCCCCCGAACGGCAUCGAGGACUGUGUGGUCCGAGUCUACGUCAUCCAGGCCCACGGACUGCAGCCCAAAGACCCCAACGGGAAGUGUGACCCGUACGUGAAGAUCAGUUUGGGGAAGAAAAUCAUAAACGACCACGACAACUACAUCCCCUGCACCCUGGAGCCCGUGUUCGGAAAGAUGUUUGAGCUGAGCUGCUCUCUGCCUCUGGAGAAGGACCUGCGCGUGGCUCUGUACGACCACGACCUCCUCACCAAGGACGAGAAGAUCGGAGAAACCGUCAUCGACCUGGAGAACCGCUUCCUGUCCAAACACGGCGCCACGUGCGGACUGCCCCAGACCUACUGCACGUCUGGGGUGAACCGGUGGAGGGGUCAGCUGAGUCCUCGUCAGAUCCUGGACAGAGUCUGUGAGCGGAGGAGCAUCAGGAGGCCUCAGUACCAGGGACACACGGUCCAGUUCAGAGGAGAACAUCUCACCACGGCCGACCUGAAGGAGAGUAAACAGUCCAACCCUCACCUGGGCCCCGUGGAGGAGAGACUGGCCCUGCUCUGCCUCAGACGCCUGGGACUGGUGCCCGAACACGUGGAGACCAGGAAGCUGUACAGCCCCCUGCAGCCGGACAUCGAGCAGGGUCGUCUGAUGAUGUGGGUGGAUGUUUUCCCGAAGUCUCUGGGACCCCCGGGACCCCCUUUCAACGUCACCCCGCGGAAAGCCAAGAAGUUUUUCCUUCGUUGUAUCAUCUGGAACACUCAGGACGUGAUCUUAGACGACGUCAGCCUCUCCGGAGAGAAGAUGAGCGAUAUUUACGUGAAAGGGUGGCUGGACGGACACGAGCAGAACAAGCAGAAGACAGACGUGCACUAUCGCUCGCUCGGGGGGGAGGGAAACUUCAACUUCAGAUUCGUGUUUCCGUUUCACUACCUCCCGGCCGAGCAGCUCUGCGUCGUCGACAGGAAGGAGUAUUUCUGGAGUUUGGACAAAUCCGAGACUAAAAUUCCUCCAAAACUCACCAUCCAGAUCUGGGACAACGACAAAUUCUCCUUUGACGACUAUUUGGGUAAAGAAAGUCUCACCUCUGUUGCAUUUUCAGUUUGA